GUGUUUUGUAUUUUGUGGAACAAUUCGAGCUCAGUUUCAAAACUCUCUUCAAUGAUGGCUUUUCCUCAGCUUUGCUUAUCUUUACUCCUUAUGGGAUUAUUCUUUAAAAAUUCGCCUGCGGCAGAUGAAACCACCGAGACUGAGAUGACCUGGCCGGAUGAAGUCACAGAAGCCACCUUGGUUGCCGAGAUGACCUGGCCGAAUGAACGCUCAGAGAAAGGUGCUCAAACCCGACCUUUUUUCACAGCUCGCACCAUCGAUCCCCUGGAUGCUCUGAUAGACGAGGAAGAGUUCUUGGAUAAGUCCCGUAAAAAGGAGGAAUUCAAAGACAGCCUGGAGGCGGAACAUAAGAUUGUUUACCAGCCGGCUGAAAUAAAAGCCCGGAAGCGAAAGCCUCUUCCCGAGGAGAAGCUGAUCAAGCAGCCCUUCUACUUCGGCUGCUGUCACAACUCCACGAACGUGGGAUGUGCCGGUGUUUGUCCGGAGACCUGCGAGUACCGCUCCAAGUACUGCGUACCGCUCUGCGGACCGCCAUGUCGCUGCAAGCCGGGCUAUGUCUACAACAUUCCGCGCAUGGCCUGCACCCUGCGUACCGACUGCCCCAAGGGGAUUGUCCAGAGCAAGAACGGGGUCUACAGGGUGUUCCUCUGAGGCGGAUAAUGCAGUGAAUGUGAUUGGGUGAUUGGGUUAGUGUGAUGGAGGUGAUGGAGGGGUGGUGUGCUGUGGUGUCGUGCCAAUUUCGUUUGUUCUAAUAAACCAAGAAAGCCGAUGGAUGCAAGCUAA